AAUGGUAAUUUUACUGUCUAGAUUACACAAGCCGCGCAUUGCUAAGUGUUUAAUGGCUUUGGCAAUGGCCAUGUUAUGAUGUACUGCAUUUCGAGAUUAACCAGCAACCGAAAAUCGAGAUUUAUUAACACAAACAAGAUCGAUCGCGCCAGGCGACAUGAUGAAUUGGCGAAGUUCGAAGUAUAUGUAUAUUGAUAUAUGAUAUCGUUCACAUCACACUAAAUGUGCAACUGGCGAAGUAAAUCACGUAAAAGGAAUUGCAUCAUGAAUCGUUUGGUAUUUCUUACUAUUGUGUUAUACAUCAAUCGCGCUCUCGUCAACGCUCUUUACGUUCUAGAAGAUCGUGGAGAUGACGGGAAGAUAUUUUGGGGCAAAAAUCACACAGUGAUGGAAGGCGACGAUCUCGUAUUACAUUGUGGUGCUCAAGUGAAGUCCAAUCACCCAACGUAUAUAAGCCAUCAAUGGUGGUGGAUUGUCGUGGAUAGACACCUCGGAACGAAGAAACUACCUCAGGGCGAUAUAAUACAGCGCAGCGUGGAAGGGGAUUUGACAUACAUACGUCCUUUUGGUUUUACUAAAAAGCCGCAACAUAUUAGCAAAACACGUGACAUAAAACUUAUUGAUGUAAACAGAUACGCGACUGGGAAGUAUGUCUGCGCCGUAGGAACGCUAAUUUCUAUGAAUCCAAACAAAAACUAUGUAGAAGCGACGUAUCAACUCGUCCAUGUAAAAUGUAAACCAAGAAUCGAGGCGAAUAUGAAAACGAAAAUUAAUCUCGCUGCUGGUGAUAAACUUACCCUGGAUUGCAUGUCUUCGGGGUAUCCUGAACCUGUUAUUACAUGGCGUAGAAUGGACGGUCGACCGCUGCCGAAAAGAACUAUAACACACAACAUAGGCCUGCUGUCCAUUCGUGAAGUUAGUCAGCUGGAUAGAGGGGAAUAUCAAUGUAUUUCUUCGAAUUCCAUUGGAAAUGAUACAAGGAUUUUUUCAGUUAAUAUGACAGUGAGAGCCAAAAUUAUAACUCCACCAAGGAAAAAAUCGUACGCUACGGUCGGAAAAGACGGAUUAGUAAAGUGUGUCGCGGUUGGAAUUCCUAGACCGCGCUUUACCUGGAAAUGGUACGAAGGCGCAUACGACCACGAAUUAACAAGCAAGGAAGGUCUAGUUGGUAGAUUCCAAGUGAAAGAUGAACAUAACUUUGAGAAUAGUACAAGCUAUUUGAUAAUAAAGCAAGUUCAAGCCAGUGAUUUGCGAAAGUACCUGUGUGAAAUAUCAAGUGGCGCGCAAGAAAUAAAUCUUGUUGGUUAUUCUAUUCCUGAUGCACCAAAAAUUCAAACGGUUGCACCCAGUGUCACAUCAAUCACUCUAAGCUGGAAGUUUUCGGAAAACGACGGAGGGAGACCUAUUACAUCGAUAAUUAUCGAAUAUUUACCGUAUAAUGGUACUAAAUGGCAACGUGAAAUAAUUCCUGGUGGGCGGCGUACUGUACGGCAUACUAUUUAUAAACUUAAGUCCAACACAUGGUACACAUUGCGAGCGAUAGCAGUCAACGAAAUUGGCUUGAGUCCACCGAGUGAGAUGAAAACUAGGAAAACUGAGUUGGACACAGAUCUCAUGAUACCAAAUAAUAACAAAGGUUCAAUGAAAGAACCAAUCAAAGAACCCGUGAACAUGUUGGUACUGAUUGUGAUUGUCAGCGUGGCGGGCGCAUUUUUCAUCAUCAUAAUCGCUAUUGUUGUCGUGUGGGUACUGAUGAGAAACAUACAGCGAAAUAGCGCAAAGAAAGCGGCGGAAGCAGAACGUUCAGCAAAGAACGCAAAUGAUGACACUACAACAGCAUUGAUUAACUUCUUACAACAUAGCGGGGAUCGUUUAUCAACCACUACAGGUUCCGGAGGUGGCGACAUUCUUCAGGUUACAACGUCAAACAAAUGGGAGUUCCCGAGAGAAAGACUUGUUCUUCAGAAUGUCUUAGGCUCGGGGGCAUUUGGUAUUGUUAUGAAAGCCGAGGCUGAGGGCAUUAACGGAUACAAUUCUGGUACCACACCAGUCGCGGUUAAGUUCGUUAAAGAAAAUGAAAGUGCUUCUGCGAAGAAAGAUCUCAUUGCGGAACUGGAGUUACUGAAGUUGAUUGAACCGCACAAAAAUGUUAUUAAUUUGCUCGGAUGUUGCACAAAAUCUGAACCUCUUAUGGUGAUCGUCGAAUUCUGUGCCUACGCUGAUCUUCAAAGUUUUCUGCGAACGAGUCGUGGUAUUAGAGAUCAGUAUUAUCUGGAUUGCUAUAAACGUCCUUCCUCACGACUAACCUCGAAAGAAUUGCUUAUGUUCGGUACACAAAUUUCAAGAGGAAUGGCUCAUCUCGCCUGUCUGAAGGUUAUUCACAGAGAUUUGGCUGCCAGAAAUAUAUUAGUUGAUGAAAACAAAGUUUGUAAAAUUUCUGAUUUUGGAUUUGCAAGAGAUAUCUACAUCGAAGAUCAUUACACACGAAAGACAGCGGGUGGACGAUUUCCAAUCAAAUGGAUGGCAAUCGAAUCAUUGCUGGACGGAAUUUCGACAACAAAAAGUGAUGUCUGGUCGUUCGCAAUUGUCUUGUGGGAGAUUAUCACGCUAGGCGCAUCUCCUUAUCCGGGCAUGAAUUCUCAAGAAGUCGUUAGCUUUUUGCAGAACGGAAUGAGAAUGGACAAACCAAAGCACUGCAGUGAUGAAUUAUAUAAUUUACUGUUGGAUUGCUGGCAAGUUGCUUCACAUCGAAGACCAAACUUUGAAAUGCUAGCUCGCUAUCUGGAUCGAAUGUGCAAUGAUGAUUUUGAAUACAUCAAUAUGCGAACAUACGAUGAUCAUCUAUACAUUAACUUCGAUGGCAACACAAAGUCGGACAACAGUAAAAGUGGUUCGUUUAUGAAACAAGAUACGGCAAGCAAAGAAAACUCUGAGGAGUCUUCUGUUGAGAAAGAAGAGCCUAAUUAGUGCUAUAGUCUAUACAUAAAACUUUCCGUUACCCUUCAAAUGCCAUGCAACAGUUUGCAAAGGAUCGUGAGAAAUUACUUUACGACGACAUAUUGAAACCGAGUUCGUGUGAAGUCAGAAAGGAGCAAAUUCAUGGCUUAAUCAGCUACAUGAAUGUAUUUGUAUUCCCAAGUUAAUGAAUAUAUUUGGUGUGAACAGCAUCGUAUCAGCACAAGCAUGCAUGCAUGCAUCCCAACAUUGAACUUAGGAGUUAGAAAAAAUCGUGUAUAGUACAAAACAAUUGAAAAUGCAAUGGAAGUGAACAAUAUGAAGUGAACAAUAUAUAAUAAGAUGACAAACCUCACUUAGCCUCAUGAUCAACUCAUUAUAUAUUGUUUGAAUUGCAUUCGACGUGAUCGAAAUGCAAAGUAUUAACUAGGCCUCUAUCUAGUCUUCCUAUGGAAAAACUAAUCGAUCAAGAAAAAUACUAUAAUUUAAAACAUUACACUGAGCACAGAAUUUCUUUCUGCUGUAUAAAAUCGCUCUUUAUAGCGUAUUCAAUUGAGUUAUAAAGCACUUUUUCAGUCAAACAAAAACGUCCUUAUUCUAGAUAGUUGUAUUGAUAAUUCUGCACAUGUUCGCACUACAAAAAGUGCAUGGUAUAGUCGAAGUUCAUCACUGACAACCGUUAUGCGGAAAUCAAAAGCACGCGCGUACACAAUAUUCUAUUGCAGUAUUGGAUGUUUUUGCAAUAUUACAUGUUGAACAUAUGCAAACAAAGUAGAAAUGUAAUUACGUCUUAUGUUUACCGUAUGCAUGUUGCUCGUAUCGAUGUUAAAUUUUUUGUACAGAAUAAAUUUUUCUAAUAAAA